GAGCGCGCGCUCUGAUUGGCUGGGGCGGCGCGGGCGGAACCGGAGCCCACCGGGGGCUUCCCGCGCCCUUCCCGGCCCCGCCCCUUCCGGCCCCGCUGCCCCGGCGGCGCGCGCUCCCGGCACGUGGCCAGCGGCAGCAGGCUACCUGAGACCCCUUCUCACCCCAGAGCGGCAUUCCUGGAGCCCCCUUCCUGCUCCGGCGUAGGCUCCACCGCCUCGGCUCUCCCAGGAUGGCUCCCCGCGGGAGGAAGCGCGGAGCCCAGCAGCCGGCGGCGGCCGAGGCACCGGAGGCAGCGGGAGCCCCGCAGAAGAGGGCGCGGGCCCAGGCCAAAGACGAGGGCGGCCCCGGCGACAUCGGCCCCCGUGUGGUCAUCGAGCACUGCAAGAGCUGACGCGUGUUCGGGCGCAACGCGGCGGCGGUGAGCGCGGCCCUGCGCGGGGCCAUGGCCCACCUCCCCGUGGCCAUCAACCCGCGGCCGCCGCGCAGGAACAGCUUCGAGGUGUCCCUGGUGAAGGAGGACGGCAGCACCGUGGAGCUGUGGAGCGGUAUCGGGAAGGGGCCCCCCCGCAAGCUGAAGUUUCCCCAGCCAGAGACCGUGGUGGAAGCCCUGAAGAGCAGUUUGGCAUAGAGGCGUUGGCCAGCCGAGCCAGGACCGGUGCAGGUGGCAUGAGCAUCCAUGAAGAGGCGAGACCAAGUGGGGGGCACCUGCCAGCCCCAGUCCCGUCCCUGAUGCUGCAGCUCUGCCACUGCCAGACCCCUGGCUCCCUGCACACCCCGUUGUUCCCCCAAUCUCCAAUAAAGUUCAGUACUCCACGGCACA